CGCGGUUUCCUCACCAAGUUGUGCAAAUUAUGCUUUGAAGAGAACUGCAGAUGAUAAUGUGCAACAUUUCCCGCAGGAAGUGAUAGAAACAGUCAAAAGUAACUUCUAUGUGGAUGACUGCCUGAAAUCCAUGGCAUCAGAAGAGGAGGCACUACAACUGAGCAAGGAUUUAAAUGCUCUCUGUCACAAAGGAGGCUUUAAUCUUUCAGGGUGGAUUAGCAACAGCCGGACAGUGCUGCAAUCCAUCGCUGUGGAUAAAAGAUCAAAGGAAAUAGUGGAAUUGGACCUAGAUAUGGACAAACUUCCAAUGGAGCGAGUCCUAGGACUGCAGUGGUGCAUUGAAACAGACAAGUUCAAGUUCAGGACAACAUUACGAGAGCAACCAAGAACCAGAAGAGGCAUUUUGUCGGUGGUCAGCUCACUUUACGACCCGUUGGGAUUUCUGGCCCCAUUCAGUAUGCCAGCCAAGCUGCUGCUACAGGAACUUUGUAGGAGAAACUUUGGGUGGGAUGAUGCUAUUCCCCACUUCUUCUCUAAGCAAUGGUCUAAUUGGCUUGAGGACCUACAAAGGGUGUCUACGUUCCAGGCUGAUCGAUGUAUUAAACCCAGAGACUUUGGAGAACCUGUUACAGCACAACUUCACCACUUCUCCGAUGCCAGUCAGGUUGGAUAUGGAUCUGUGUCUUAUGUGAGAUUGGAAAAGGAUCAUAAAGUACACGUUGCAUUUCUAGUGGGAAAGGCCAGAGUUGCUCCACUAAAACAGACUACAAUCCCUCGACUGGAGCUCACAGCUGCCGUUCUUGCUGUUCGUGUUGAUAAGAUGUUGCGGAAGGAGUUGCAACUUAAACUUGAAAAGUCAAUCUUCUGGACAGACAGUACAACAGUCCUUAAAUAUAUCUCCAGUGAAACCAGGCGAUUCCAUACUUUUGUGGCAAACAGAACCUCUUUCAUCAGAGAUACAGUAGAUGUGGAACAAUGGAGAUAUGUGAGUUCCAAGGAGAAUCCGGCAGAUGAAGCAUCAAGAGGCAUGGGAGCUGAGGAUUUCCUGAAAGGCAGGAGAUGGAUAAAUGGACCUCAGUUUCUACACAUGCCAAAGGAGAAGUGGCCUAAACUGGUCGAUAACCUUAACGUUAUUGCUGCAGAUGACCCAGAGGUCAAAAGGGACUUGAUAGUGAAUACUAUUGUUAAUGAUUUGCAAAAUGCCACUAGCCACCUGAUCAAUUACUUUUCAUCUUGGAUCAAACUGAAUACAUCUGUGGCUUGGAUUUUGAAGGUCAAGGAAAUUCUCAAGUCAUUGGGACAGAAGAGAAAGGAAUUUUGGGCUUCUACAAUACUCCGGAAGGAUCAUUUGGAGAUACAGAAGCAAGAAGUGGAAAGGAGAGUUCAGAACUUUAAAGCCACACUCAAAGGACAAAGCCUAACACCUGAAGAUCUUGCCAAGGCGGAAGAGUCAAUUAUUCAAUUUGUACAAAGCCAGCGGUUCAAAAAGGAAAUUGCCUCCCUGAAGGGGCACGUAAACGUCCCCAAAGAAAGUUUACUGUACAAACUGGACCCAAUAAUGGACGCUGAAAUCCUCAGAGUUGGUGGUCGGUUGAGUAAAGCAGCGCUGACAGCAGAGUCAAAGCAUCCAAUAAUAUUGUCCAAAGACCUGCACGUAUCCACACUGAUUUUACGCCAUAUUCAUCAUCAGUUGGGACAUGCAGGAAGAAAUCACAUGUUGUCUAGGUUACAGCAAAAGUACUGGAUCAUAAAUGCAAACUCAGCUGCCCGGAAAGUCAUUUCCGAUUGUGUUGUUUGUAGACGCAACAGAGGAAAACUUGGUGAGCAGAAGAUGGCAGAUUUGCCGGAAGAGAGAGUGUUGCCUGACAAAGCUCCUUUUACAAAUAUUGGAGUUGACUAUUUUGGGCCCAUCAAUGUUAAAAGGGGAAGAAGUCUUCUUAAAAGAUAUGGAGUGCUUUUCACCUGUCUUACCAGCCGUGCCGUGCACUUGGAAGUAGCCCAUACACUGGAUACAGACUCCUGUAUAAAUGCAAUAAGGAGAUUCAUUUGUAGACGAGGUCCAGUCUCCACCAUCAAAUCUGACAACGGCACAAACUUUGUUGGCACCAACCGAGAGUUAAAGCAAAGUCUUGCUGCACUGAAUCAUGGUAAAAUUCUAAACGCUUUGGUCCAGGAUGGCAUUAAGUGGAACUUUAAUACUCCAGCAGCUUCCCAUCAAGGCGGAAUCUGGGAGCGCCUGAUUCGCUCAGUGAAAAGUGUUCUCACCUCAGUUCUUCGACAGCAAAUUCUGGAUGAUGAAGGUCUCCAGACCAUUUUUUGUGAAGUAGAAGCAAUUCUUAAUGACAGACCCAUUACAAGGGUCUCUGAUGACCCAGAUGACCUCGAAGCUCUGACACCAAACCACCUUCUAAUAUUAAAGGGCAAACCAAUCAUGCCACCAGGACUAUUUGAUAAAGCAGAUCUCUAUGUCAGGAAAAGAUGGAAGCAAAUACAGUACAUGGCUGAACUCUUCUGGAAACGGUGGAUCUUGGAGUACCUACCCAUGUUGCAGGAGAGACAAAAAUGGACAAAACCAAGAAGAAGUCUCAUUCCGGGAGACAUUGUCCUUGUUGCGGAUGCCACAGCGCCAAGAGGAUCUUGGAUGAUGGGGAAAGUUUUGGAUACGAGACCAGAUGCAAAGGGUCUGGUGCGCUCUGUGCGGCUACAAACAAAGACCAGCAUUCUGGAGAGGCCAGUGACCAAGCUUUGUCUGCUAUUGGAAGCAGCCGUUAGCACUAUGGACUGACUCUUUCUCUAUCUUUCUCUACCUUCUCUAUCUCUAUCUAUUCUCCUUAUAGGUGCAACAAGAUUCAUCUAGGUUAAUGCAUGGAAAGAUUAAUUGUGGAUGUCAUUAUUUGUUUAUGGAAAUAGCUCCGUUUGAGUAUAUGGAUAAAUUGUGAUAAUAUUCCCAAUUAGGGGCCGGAAUGUAGGAGCUAUUAUUUAGUUAUAUAUUCUUUAAAUAUAUUUUUCUUGAUUGUUUGGGUAGCGGGAUCACUAAUUGAGUAAUUGGAUCACUAAUUGGGUAAUGCGGUGGGCACCUGGAGGUUACUUAAGGGCAUAGCCAGGUGGGACCAGCAUGCACCAGGGUGACAAAUAAGUUUUUACCAGUUACCAGUACAGCAGUGAAACAGGCGAAACAGUUAACAGUUAGGCAGUGCAUAGGAAAGCAGCUCACUUUAUGUUAUGUUUUUUGGUGAUAUUUUGGUUAAAAAUAAACAACAAGCAACAAGAAAACACCGCCUGGACAACACUCUUUUUUCUGAGUUAAAGACGUCAAACUAGGUGCAUCAGUGGCCUUUGAUCAAGGAUACGUAGGACAAAUGGCCACUACAGUA